AUGGCUUGCGAGGACAGCACAGGUUGUGAGGACAGGACAGAUUGCGAGGACAGCAAAGCUUUCAAGGACAGCACAGCUUCCGAGGACAGCACAGCUUCCGAGGACAGCAAAGCUUCCGAUGACAGCACAGCUUGCGAGGACAGCACAGCUUGCGUGGACAGCACAGCUUGCGAAGACAGCACAGCUUGCAAGGACUGCACAGCUUGCGAGGAGAGCACAUCUUGUGAGGACAGCACAGCUUGCGAGGACAGCACAGCUUGCGAGGACAGCACAGAUUGCGAGGACAGCACAGCUUCACAGCUUGCGGGGACAGCUAAACUUGAGAGGAGUGCUCAACUAGAGAGGACAGAUCAACUAGAGAGGACAGAUCAACUUGAGAGGACAGAUCAACUGGCGAGGACAGCUCAACUUGCUAGGACAGCUAGACUUACGAGAACAGCUCAACCUGCCAGGACAGCUCAACUUGAGAGGAGAGCACAACUUGAGAAGACAGCUCAACUUGUGAGGACGGCUCAACUUGAGACGACAGCUCAGUUUGAGACAACAGCACAACUUGAGAGGACAGCUCAACUUGAGAGGACAGCUCCACUAGAGCGGAUAGCUCAACUUGAGAGGACAGCUCUACUUGAGAGGACAGCUCUACUUGAGAGGACAGCUCAACUUGAGAGGACACCUCAACUUGAGAGGAUAGCUCAACUUGAGAGGACACCUCAUUUUGAGAGGACACCUCAACCUGAGAGGACACCUCAACUUGAAAGGACACCUCAACUUGAGAAGAUACCUCAACUUGAGAGGACAGCUCAAUUUGAGAGGACAGCUCAACUUGAGAGGACAGCUCGAUUUGAGAGGACAGCUCAACUUGAGAGGACAGCUCAUAUUGAGAGGUCAGCUCAACUUGAGAGGACAGCUACACUUGAGAGGACAGCACAACUUGGGAGGACAGCACAACUUGAGAGGGCAGCACAACUUGAGAGGACAGUACAACUUGCGAGGACAGCACAACUUGCACUAACAGCACAACUUGGGAGGACAGCACAGCUUGCGAGGACGGCACAGCUUGCGAGGACAGCACAGCUUGCGAGGACAGCGCAGCUUGCAAGGAGAGCUCAACUUGCGAGGACAGCUCAACUUGAGAGGACAGCACUACUUGAGAGGACAGCACAAGUUGCGAUGAUAGCAAAGCUUGCAAGGACAGCACAGCUUGUGAGGACAGCACGGCUAGCGAGGACAGUACGAUUUGCGAGGACAGGUCGGCUGGCGAGGACAGCACGGCUUGCGAGGACAGCACGGGUUGCGAGGACAGCACAGGUUGUGAGGACAGCACAGCUUGCGAGGACAGCACAGCUUGCGAGGACAUCACUGCUUGUGAGGACAGCACAGCUUGCAAGGACAGCACAGCUUGCGAGGACAGCACAGCUUGCGAGGACAGCACAGAUUGCGAGGACAGCACAGCUUCUUGCGGGGACAGCUAAACUUGUGAGGAGUGCUCAACUAGAGAGGACAGAUCAACUAGAGAGGACAGAUCAACUUGAGAGGACAGCUCAACUUGCGAGGACAGCUCAACUUGCUAGGACAGCUAGACUUACGAGAACAGCUCAACCUGCCAGGACAGCUCAACUUGAGAGGAGAGCACAACUUGAGAAGACAGCUCAACUUGAGAGGACGGCUCAACUUGAGACGACAGCUCAGUUUGAGACAACAGCACAACUUGAGAGGACAGCUCAACUUGAGACGACAGCUCCACUAGAGCGGAUAGCUCAACUUGAGAGGACAGCUCUACUUGAGAGGACAGCUCUACUUGAGAGGACAGCUCAACUUGAGAGGACGCCUCAACUUGAGAGGACAGCUCAACUUGAGAGGACACCUCAUUUUGAGAGGACACCUCAACCUGAGAGGACACCUCAACUUGAAAGGACACCUCAACUUGAGAAGAUACCUCAACUUGAGAGGACAGCUCAAUUUGAGAGGACAGCUCAACUUGAGAGGACAGCUCGAUUUGAGAGGACAGCUCAACUUGAGAGGACAGCUCAUAUUGAGAGGUCAGCUCAACUUGAGAGGACAGCUACACUUGAGAGGACAGCACAACUUGGGAGGACAGCACAACUUGAGAGGGCAGCACAACUUGAGAGGACAGUACAACUUGCGAGGACAGCACAACUUGCACUAACAGCACAACUUGGGAGGACAGCACAGCUUGCGAGGACGGCACAGCUUGCGAGGACAGCACAGCUUGCGAGGACAGCGCAGCUUGCAAGGAGAGCUCAACUUGCGAGGACAGCUCAACUUGAGAGGACAGCACUACUUGAGAGGACAGCACAAGUUGCGAUGAUAGCAAAGCUUGCAAGGACAGCACAGCUUGUGAGGACAGCACGGCUAGCGAGGACAGUACGAUUUGCGAGGACAGGUCGGCUGGCGAGGACAGCACGGCUUGCGAGGACAGCACGGGUUGCGAGGACAGCACAGGUUGUGAGGACAGCACAGCUUGCGAGGACAGCACAGCUUGUGAGGACAUCACUGCUUGUGAGGACAGCACAGCUUGCAAGGACAGCACAGCUUGCGAGGACAGCACAGCUUGCGAGGACAGCACAGAUUGCGAGGACAGCACAGCUUCUUGCGGGGACAGCUAAACUUGUGAGGAGUGCUCAACUAGAGAGGACAGAUCAACUAGAGAGGACAGAUCAACUUGAGAGGACAGCUCAACUUGCGAGGACAGCUCAACUUGCUAGGACAGCUAGACUUACGAGAACAGCUCAACCUGCCAGGACAGCUCAACUUGAGAGGAGAGCACAACUUGAGAAGACAGCUCAACUUGAGAGGACGGCUCAACUUGAGACGACAGCUCAGUUUGAGACAACAGCACAACUUGAGAGGACAGCUCAACUAGAGAGGACAGCUCAUCUUGAGAGGAUAGCUCAACUUGAGAGGACAGCUCAACUUAAGAGGAGAGCUCAACUUAAAAGGGCAGCUCAACUUCAGAGGGCAGCUCAACUUGAGAGGGCAGCUCAACUUGAUAGGGCAGCUCAACUUGAGAGGACAGCUCAACUUGAGAGGACAGCUCAACUAGAGAGGACAGCUCAACUAGAGAGGACAGCUCAACUAGAGAGGACAGCUCAACUAGGAAAGACAGCUGAACUAGAGAGGGCAGCUCAACUAGAGAGGACAGAUCAACUAGAGAAGACAGCUCAACUUGAGAGGACAGCUUAA